AUGGCUGCUGUACAAUGGAAACUGGAGCCAGAUAUAGAUGUAGCAAUCAUGGGUGCUGUCUCGUCCAGUGGAGGGCCCGGGUUCCAGUUAUCUGGGCAUCAUGUUCUCGGCUAUUCUGGUCUCAAAACCAGUUCCAACUCUGCCUGCUCUCCUGCCUCGCUACAAUCUCAGCGUUCGAGUCCCGGUGGUUUUUCCAGCCCUUCCAUGGGCGGCCCUGGCUCCAAUACUAGUGGUGGUAGCGGGAGACUAAACGUCCAACCCACUAUCGGUCCCACUUCCACAGGAAUAGUGAUAGGUUCGCCAGCCUCUGGCGCAACUCACUCAUUGCCCCCUGGAAUAUCUGGAGUAGUAAGUGCUGAUUUCAUCAACUGUAACUUAGGUCAGUCCGUUUCGACUGGCCAAGCAUCUGCUCUCCUUGGAUUGGACGAAGCCCAAUUCUCUGACUCUGUUGUUACAACCUCGAAUUCGAUCCCAGCACCUAACUCAGCAUCCACAGCAUCUGUGAUAUGUACGACUAGUGCAAAUGUAUCCACCGGAAGUCCAGGCAACAGUGGAGCCUCGCGCGCAGCUGCCGCCGCAGCUAUGGCUGCUGCCUUCGGCUUCAGCUUCUCUCCUGCUGGGAGCCACCAUUCCGGCCUUGGUAUCCCUUCCACAACGACCUCCGCUACCUGCAGUACAGUAGCUAGUGGCUCCACUUCGCCACCUUGCGUCGGUAAGCUAGCUGCAGACACUAUCCUCGGGCCUGGUGAAUGCCUUUUAUCACCGGACGAUCUAAGUGCCGCGGCCGUUGCUGCUGCAGCAUCAGCAGCUACUGGAGGGGCCAGUGAAGGAAGACCAUUCCGCUGCCCGCAAUGUCAACGUGGUUUUGCCGUGAAGGCUGGCCUCGUCCAGCAUCUGCGCACUCAUACGGAUGAGCGGCCAUACCCAUGCAGUCAAUGCGGACGUGCAUUUAAGCAAAAAAUUCAGUUGACUACUCAUCUUCGUGUACACAGCGGUGAGCGGCCCUAUGGUUGUCGUCUUUGUGGCAAGUUGUUCCGACAACAGAGUCAUGUAGUUCAACAUCUUAGAACACACACAGGGGAAAAACCUCACAAAUGCGUCCGGUGUGGAAAGGCCUUCCGGCAGAAGUACAGGUGA